UGACAUACAUGGCCCACUAAAUGUUCCACCGGGAGGUGUUUUGGGGGCAGCUUAGUACAGAGGGGCUUCCAGAGUAGGUGGAGGAAUUGAGACACAGGAGGUCACAGAGCUGCUGCUUCUCCCCCUUCAAAAGAGACCACUCUGCCCCAUUUAUUGCAGAGUCUAGAGGAAGUUGACACAGCGGCACGGCGCAGUAUGUGGUGGAGAGUCUGCAGCUUGCUGGUUUGGUUCCCCUUACAAGUGGCCCUGGUACCGGAGCAGACGGAGUCGGGGACUGCGGAGACGAUGACAGCGGAGACGGUGACGGUGGAGCAGGGGCAGCCGGUGGCGCUGCACUGCGCGGACGAGCGCGCCGGCCCCGCGGCGCUGCAGUGGCUCGCCCCGUCGGGCUUCACCAUCUUCCUGAACGAGCUCCCCGCUUUAAAAAACACCAAAUACCAGCUUCUUCGUCACUCCUCCAACCAGCUCUCCAUCAGCCUGCAGAAUGCAACCCCACAAGACGAAGGCACGUACAAGUGUUUACAGUACGGCGACUCCGUGAGAACAAAGGAAGUGAAAGUGAUCGUGCUGGCAACGCCUUUCGAGUCAACCCUGGAAGCAUCAGUCCUCAGAACGCAAAACAGAGAAGAAUAUGUUAUACUUAACUGCUCCACCACUAGAAGUAAGCCGCCUCCGCAGAUAACCUGGCACCUAGGGAGUGGCGUAGAGCUCUAUGGUGAAACCUCUCAUCGAUGUGACGCGGACGGGAAGUAUAACAGCAGCAGCACACUCCGAGUCCGAGCAUACGGCCCAGACUCCACGGUGAACUGCAUCGUCCGACACCCAGGCCUCCAAGGCCGGAGGCUGGUAGCAUCUUCCCGGUUUGAAGAUUUGGUUACUACUCAAAAGCUAGCUUCAGGUGUCCUGGAGAACAGCCCUCUCCCCUCUCAAGACCCUUGGCAGUCCACUAGUACCGUUGCAGUGAUGGAAGAUUUGAGGACAUUGGAGACUGACAAGGAAGAAGAAGAACAAACCACUCAAGACCCUGACCUGACCACUGGCGCAAGUCCUCGGUAUCAAGCGUUGAUGAAGAAGAAAAGUGGCAUACUGCUGCUCUCGCUUAUGUCCUUCCUUCUUUUUAUACUCUUCAUCAUUGUCCAGCUCUUUAUCAUGAAGCUUCGGAAAGCACACGUGACAUGGAAAAAAGAAAAUGAAAUUUCAGAACACACUCUAGAAAGUUAUAGAUCAAGAUCAAAUAAUGAAGAAACAUCAUCCCAAGAGAAAAAUGGACACACGUCUCGUUCUAGGAGCUGCACGGACUAUAUCACACAGCUGUACACAGAAGUGAAAACGAAAAGGAAGGACAACACACUGCAUUCGAAAUUAAAUGGACACCAUGCGGCUUGCACUCCAGAGAGCAUCGUGUAGUGCUCCCUGCAAGAGAACAUGUGAUUUUGGGGCAGCCACACUGUCUCUUCUGUGGACAGCUCCUGGGAAGCAGUGUGAUCGCUGCAACAGGGACACAUGCCUGGAGUGCAGUGCAGGAUGGUGUCCUCCAAUGACCAUCAGUCCCAGAUUCAGGGCAGCAAGAUGAGGCCCAAACUGUGGACAUAAAGCUUCAUUCGUGGUUUAAAAACUAAGUGGCCUUUUAUACCUGACACUACUUCAGAGCAGGAAGAUGCCACUGAGCCCUGGAAUCUGGGUCCACGUGACCCACUAACAUGUUACUGUGAAAGAAGUAGCAGUUUUUAGAUGGAAUUGGUGGAAAUGCUUAAAAAUUAAAAUUAAAAGAAAAUCUUUCUUUCUGGUUUGAGAAGAAGUUUGAGAUGAAAUGGCCCUAAAGAAGGUCUGCAGUGCUAAGAUCUUUGUUUCAAGAUGGACUUUAGGAUGGACCCAGCAGGCACACUGUCAGGGAGAAGCGGCACCUGCCUGUGAGGGAGCCAGGAGCCAGGAGCACCUGAGACGAGUGCGGGUGCAGGGCAGCCCCCAGGUGCCACCUCCUCAGGCUUUCUCUCCACGUCAUAGGAGCUGACCUGGUGACAUUUGGCAUUUCAUUACAAAAACAUGUGCAAAGGAAAAAAUAAUGUGUUUGAUCAACUGAUUAUUAACCUAGUACUUUUUAGAGACUAACUAACAAAGAGCAGAAUAUAUUU